AUUUUGUUCUAUAUCACUCCUUCGUGUGCUGUCUGCAUCUUAGCCACAUCAUGAGCAGGUUAUGAAUAGCUGCGUCUGAUUGAGUCUAGUGUUCGACUCGUUUGCAAUAUUCCAGUGGAUGGGCUGCAAUAAAUGAAGUCAAGCAUGCAAGCAUUACUAUAGAUCCUCCCAAAUCCCUAAACUCCCACCAUGUCGCGUCCUUUCCCUUACGCAUACAUCUCCUGUCCCUGCGCCAACACCCCCGUCCCCGAUCCGUCCAAGAAACGCCGCUCGCGAGAAUCCCCCCAGAAGGCCAACAGCCAUCACCCCGACCAGCCCAAACCCCCGCCGCGCUUCGACGACAGCGAGGACGAACAAACCUUCGAUCCGCGCGCCCCUCGUUCCAACUUCUCCCUCUAUCCCCCCGAACACCUCCUCUACUGCGAGGACUGCCACCAGAUCAAAUGUCCGCGAUGCAUCACAGAGGAGAUCGUGUGCUGGUACUGUCCGAACUGCCUGUUCGAGACUCCGAGCAGUAUGGUGAAGAGUGAGGGGAACCGGUGUGCACGCAAUUGCUUCAAUUGCCCGGCCUGCACCGCACCGCUGGCGGUUAAUACCCUCGAGAACGUCGUCCGAGGCGGCACCAGUCAACAAGGCCCCUGGGUGUUAUCGUGCGGAUACUGCAUGUGGUCGACGCUCGACAUCGGCAUCAAGUUCGACAAACCGACCAACAUCCGCACCCAGCUGGCCAAGCUGACGGCGACCGACACAAACCCCUCCCGCUCGCGCCAGAUGUCGCGCACAUUUGCAGACCUCAAGUCGCCCCUGUCCACCUUCUCCUCCAUCGACGAGCAAUUCCCCCCGGCGCCCGGCGAAGCACGCCCCGACGAUUCGCCCGACCAGUCGAACGCCCCACUCGGCCCUGACGCCCGCUUUCACGCGCUCAAGGGCUUCUACAAAACCCAAAUCGCGGCCACCUCGUCCUCGCCCAGCGAUCCGCUCGGCGUGGACUUCGGGGCUGGCUUCUCCUCCCCCGGGGCUCUGAACCGCAUCAUGUCCCUGUAUACCUCCUCGUCCCGCCUCAGCAGCCUUUACGGUGGCGCCAGCAAGAAGCCCAAGACAAAACCGCCGGUCAUGCGUGAGGCGCUGACCGCGAGCGAGGGGUUCAAGACGCCGGCUGCCGACGCGGAAGCCGGACUCAUCCAGCGCAUGGCGGCGGACGAGUGCGGCUGGGACGGACUCGCCUCGCUCGAGCAGCGCGUCUUCCAGUCGCCGGACGCGCGGUUCGUGGAGGAGCUGCUGCCGCUGGCGACGCUGCUGCGCACCAAGCGCGCCAAGCGCUGCAAGUCGUGCAAGCACAUCCUCGUCAAGCCCGAGCAGAAGCCGCAGUCCACCCGGUUCCGCAUCCGUCUGAUCGCCCUCAGCUACAUCCCGUUACCGACCCUGCGGCCGUUGAUGCCGGCGGGCCAGAUCCCGCUACCCGGGGCGGGUGUGACCAGUAGUAGUAGCGGCAGCCAUCUUGCCGGCAUGAACCUCGACGCCCUCCCGCCCCUGCGACCCACCCAGCUGCUCCUCACCCUCAAGAAUCACAUGUUCGACCCCGUCCGCAUCACCCUGGCCACCCCGUCCGUGACCCCGGGCCGCGUGGCCUCCAAGGUCACCAUUCUCUGUCCGCAGUUCGACAUCGGCGCCAACAGCGACGUGUGGGACGAGGCCCUGCAGGGCAAUACCACUGCCGCAGCUGGUGGUGGUGGUGGUGGUGGUACUGCCAACAGCAGCAAUGCGACAGCCGACCAACGCUCCUCCCGCUCCGGUGCCGCACCCGCCACAGCCACCGCGGCCGCACCCGGAGCUCCCCUCGGGAUUUUCGAGAAGGUCGCCGAGGCCGGCAAAGUGUGGGACAAGGGCCGCAACUGGACGACCGUGGUGCUGGAGGUGGUACCGGGGAUGUUGCCGUCCGGCAGUAGUGGUGUGACCCUGCAACCCUUUUCCAGGAAUCAGGACUCGCGCACAACACAGAGCAAACCUGCUGCUACUGGGAAAGACAGUGACAGCGACAGCGACAGCGACACCAGCAGUUUCGGCGGGAAGGUACCGGAUUGGACCGGCCGGGCGGCGGAGCAGGAGAAGCUGAAACAAGAACAGCAACAGCAGCAACAGCAGCUCCAACCAGACGAGGAUGUCCUGGAGAUCCCAGUGUUCGUGCGCAUGGAGUGGGACUCGGAGAACCAGAUCGAUCGGCCCGGCGUCAGUGCCGCGGGCGAGAUGAUCAAGAGGGAGUUGGCGUAUUGGAUGGUGCUCGGGGUGGGGAGAAUUGAUCCGAGUGUUUUGGGGUGAUUCUUAGGUUUUUUUAAGGAGGGUGGUGGUGGUAGAGUAGGGAGUGUAGACGGGUAGAUAUACUGACUAUACUACUGUU